UUUUUCAGAAGAGUAAUGCCCUACACUGCUCGUUAGAACUGAGGAAAGAAAUUUUGAAGGUGAUAAAAGGAGGACGUAAGGAAGAUGAUCUUGGCAGCAGAACAGCGAGAGGACAACUUUGACCAGAGAACGUCAGAUGAGGAACACCCAAAAUACUGGGGAGACUUUGAGAGAGUGGCUGUUCAACAUAGAAUCUUCUCCUUCCUCUUCUGCUCAUUCUUCCACUUGUUUUCGGUCGUUCUGAAAUGUGCUUGCCUCAUGCCAUGCUCCGAGAAUAACCCUAAGACUUGGGGGCGCACAGGUUCCUGUCCAAACUUGAGCCAGCGUCUCCUCCUACUUGUCUGAGUGCUGGUAUCUCCUUAUUGAGGACCAGGAGGAGGAAGGAGGUGUAGCAAGGGUGGUGCCCCCAAGACGCCUACCCAACCCCACCGCCACUGGGGCACCGCCUCUUUCCUGGCUCUUGGGCCAAUGAGGCCGUGUUGUGUAUCAAGUGUCACUAUAACAGAAGAACAUAAUCAGCGCGGCAAGUUUGCAGAUCCUGACAGCCGGUCUGGGCCAGCGGGGACCUCCACGCUUCACACUUCUUUCUUUUCUUCUUCUUAUCUCAGGUUGUGACGUCCACUUUCAACAUGUCUGACACUGAAGAAUUCGAUCAGGCGGAGGAGGCCUUUGAAGAGGAAGAGGAGAAGCCAAAAUUCAAACCCACUGCUCCCAAGAUCCCAGAUGGUGAGAAAGUGGACUUUGAUGACAUCCAGAAGAAGCGUCAGAACAAAGACCUGGUGGAGCUCCAGGGCCUGAUUGACGCCCACUUCGAGUGCAGGAAGAAGGAGGAGGAGGAGCUCAUUGCCCUCAAGGAGAGGAUUGAGAAGCGUCGUGCCGAGAGGGCUGAGCAGCAACGGGUUCGUGCCGAGAAGGACAAGGAACGCCAGGCCAGGCGUGAGGAGGAGCGUCGCAUCAAGGAGGAAUCAGACGCCAAGAAGAAGGCAGAGGAGGAAGCCAAGAAAAAGUCUGCUCUAUCCAGCAUGGGCUCCAACUACAGCAGCCAUCUCCAGAGGGCUGACCAGAAGCGAGGAGGAAAGAAAGAAACAGAGAGAGAGAAGAAGAAGAAGAUUUUGGCCGCCAGACGCAAGCAACUUAACAUUGACCAUCUCAAUGAGGACAAGCUCCGGGACAAAAUCAACGAGCUGUAUGAUUGGAUGUGUCAGCUGGAGUCUGAGAAGUUCGACCAUACGGAGAGGCUGAAGAAGCAGAAGUACGAGGUCACUACCCUGCGCAAGAGAGUGGAGGAACUCAGCAAAUUCAGCAAGAAGGGAGCUGCCGCCCGCCGCAGGAAGUAAACACCGCCGGCCAAGUUAAUUUAGCUGAGAAGACUCAACACAUCGUUACACUGAUGAUGCAUCGUCAUCGCAUGCCGUUAGCUAACCAUUAGCUGCUAAUGAUCGCAAUAAAAACGUGUUAGACCUCCUCCCUUUCUCGACUGUUUGGCUCUCGGGAUUUUUGUAAAUAAAGUUGGACUCUUCAAGACGAUAUUUUUUCACCUGUCGUUA